CCAAAAAAUAAUUUCCACAUAGGUCUUCUCAACACAGUCGAAAGCUGCCGAAGUCUAAUUCGAAGAAAGAGUUUUGUUUUUUUUUUUUUUUUAUCAUGGCGAGGAUGAUCGGACCAGUCGAAACUGUACCGGCAAUUCUUGUUUAUCCGGUGAGGGUUUCAGCUUCGCCAUCGCUGGGGACAAUUUAUGAGGAAGACGAUGAGUAAAAUUUCAACCAAGACAAGAUCAAAACUCGAGAGUUCAAAAUUUUGUUUUAAAAAAGAAAAUCCAUUUUAGUAAAACUUUCUUUCGAGUUACAUAUUGUUAGUGCUUUCCAUUUCUUGGAUGUUA